AUGACAAUCGAAUUUUGGACAGAAUGGCAUCAGAGAUUUUGGGAGAAGAGCCUAGAUCAUGAUGGAACAUCGUUUGGUGAUGGACGUGGAAGAAAGGUCAUGAAUAUGAUAUACGAAGUCGUUUAUCCCAUAACUAAGCCCUUAACUGCCGAUAGUAAUCCUGUCAAGGCGUUUUUGCAGCUCGUUGAGCGGAUGACAAGCCUGCAAGUUACUGCCGACCAAGUAAAAGAGGUGUUCGAGUUUGUGCCUGGAGACGGGCAACUGUCGAAAUAUUGGAAUUCUUGUGCUGUGAGAGGCGGAAGAACAGCAAAAAUAGAUUUUCCUGUCCCGAAAGAUUUGAAUUUGGAAGUGGGAGAUUACUCGAUCGGCUUAGGCUUAUUUGGAGAACCUUAUCUGCUUAUUCGUACGGCGUGGCUAGGAGAAAGAAAUUUUGAGUCGGUCGAAGAGGAUCUCAUUUUUGCCGAUGGUGGUAUAGGUCGUGAACAAUGGCAGGAAAGUCGAGUCGAAUACUGGAAAGACGAGACAGACAAUGAUGGCACAUUAUUUGUGAUGGCAGAGGAAAUACUGUGCUGUGUGAAAGAUUUGAAACUAUUUGGCCCCAAUUUGAAGAAGAAUUUCCUUAAGAACAAUUACAUAAACCAAUUCCUAAUUCCUACACUGAUCUAA